GUAGAAUACAUUAUAGCAGGACAAACACAAGGUGACAUGUUGCUUCCAGUGCCCGAAGGAGCUUUUGCUGUUAGGCUUGUGGAAGACGCAUCAAUCAAGACCAAAGUCGUGAAUGUGACUAAGGGAACUUUCAACUCUCCAUCCUUCCACUUUGCUAGGACACCAAAAUUGCUUACAACAGAACGGUUCUUCAAAGUGAGUUUCUUAAGGAGGAAGGACGAACAUAAAUUUGAUUUUAACAGGUUUCCGUCACGUAUUUGGCAUUUCAAGUGGAAGAUUGCUUUAGAUGGAUGUAAAUGGACUUGCAUGAGCGUUAAAAGACAUAUUUGGGUUCUUUUCCUCGUGUCUGCGUAAUUGUAAACGGAGUGAGGAAUAACUUUUAACUUUGUGUUCUACAUAUUGCCAUAGUUCAUUCCGGGGUUGUUCACACCCCUUAUUAAGAGACUUAGUUUUCCUACUUGACAA